AAUAUAAUACUAUAUCCCCGUACAUCAAACCAACCUAAAUACUCUGUAUAUCUCUGCGCCGCAGCUGUGAAAUCGAUACACACACUCUCCUGUAUCUAUAUCUCCGAUGGCUCAACAACUCCCUUGCGACAACGACGGUAUUUGCCUUAUCUGCAAAACGACGCCGUCCAGCGACCAGACACUCACCUGCAACACCUGUGUCACGCCUUGGCACAUUGCUUGUCUCGCGAUUAAUGCGCAAUCGUCCUCGUCGAAUCUGUGGGAGUGUCCUGAUUGCACCACGCUGGUGGACGCCGGAGCUCCGGCGGCCGGAGAGAAGUCGGAGCUGGUGGCGGCGAUCCAGGCGAUUGAGGCCGAUGCUACGUUGACGGAGAAGCAGAAGGCGAGGAAGAGACAGGAGCUAUUGAGUGGGAAAGAGGCGCCGGCUAAUGAGAAGGAGGGGGAGAGGAAUGAAGUGGCGGACAUGAUUAAUAGCAAUUUUAAGUGCUGUGUUUGUAUUCAGUUGCCUGAGCGCCCUGUUACGACACCUUGUGGCCACAACUUUUGCUUAAGUUGCUUCCAAAAGUGGACCCGGCAAGGAAAGAAUACUUGUAUAAAAUGUCGCUUCAGCAUUCCUGCCAAAAUGGCAAGUCAGCCGCGCAUUAACUCUGCACUGGUUGCCGCCAUUCGAAUGGCCAGGAUGUCGAUGGCAAGUUCUACGGGGGGACAGCUAAAAAUUUCUCAUUUUGUGCAUAACCAAUGCCGACCUGAUAGAGCUUAUACGACAGAUCGUGCAAAAAAGAGUGGAAUGGCCAAUGCUGCCAGUGGAAGAAUUUUCGUAACUACACCAUGUGAUCACUUUGGACCUAUCACUGCUGAAUAUGAUCCAGUGAGAAAUAGGGGUGUUUUAGUUGGAGAAAGUUGGGAUCUCCGUAUGGAUUGCAGGCAAUGGGGUAUUCACUAUCCUCCUGUUUCUGGAAUUGCUGGACAGGCCAAAUAUGGUGCUCAGUCUGUGGUUCUUUCUGGUGGUUAUGAGGAUGAUGAGGAUCAUGGUGAAUGGUUUCUUUACACUGGAAGUGGAGGAAGAGACCUCAGUGGGAACAAAAGGACUAACAAGGAUCAAUCAUUUGAUCAACAAUUUGAAAGCUAUAACGAGUCCUUGAGAUUUAGCUGCAAAAAGGGAUAUCCAGUACGGGUAGUCAGAUCACAUAAAGAGAAGCGAUCUAGUUAUGCCCCUGAAACUGGGUUGAGGUAUGAUGGUGUCUACAGGAUAGAGAAGUGCUGGCGAAAGGUUGGAAAACAGGGUUUCAAGGUAUGCAGAUACUUAUUUGUAAGAUGUGACAAUGAGCCUGCACCAUGGACAAGUGAUGAGCAUGGUGACCGUCCCAGACCCCUGCCAACAGUUAAGGAGCUUAAACCGGCAGUUGACAUAUUUGAAAGGAAUGAGAGUCCUUCAUGGGAUUUUGAUGUUGAAGACAAUCUUUGGAAGUGGAAAAAGUCACCACCUGUGAGCCAAAAACCAGUAAGGGAUGGUAAGCCUGAAGAUAUACAGAAUGCAAGGAUCGCAAUAAGGAAAGCAGAAAAAACAGCAUCGAAAGAUAAACUUCUGAAAGAGUUUAGUUGUCUCCUGUGCAAAAAUGUGAUGACUCUCCCUCUUACAACUCCAUGUGCACAUAACUUCUGCAAGUCUUGCCUAGAAGGAAAAUUUGCUGGACAGUCUUUUAUGAUAGAGAGGAGUAGGGGUGGGAGAACUCUUCGAUCACAGAAGAAUACCAUGACUUGCCCUGCAUGUCCUACUGACAUAUCCGAGUUCCUUCAGAAUGCGCAGAUUAAUAGAGAACUUAUGGAUCUAAUAGAGAAACUUCAAGAAUCAAGUAAGGAGGAAGCUGAUGCACCUGUGGAGUUUCCGGCAGCUUCAUCUGAGGAUCCAGUCAAAGAAAAUGAAUCACCAAAUCCUCAAGUGGAGGCAAAAACUGUGGAGGAGAAUCCGGAGGCUUCAUCCGAGGAUCCAGACAAAGAAAAUGGAUUAUCAAAUUCUGAAGCUGAGGCAAAAAUUGUGGAGGACAAGAAGAGAAAAGAAGCUAAUGCAAAACCUCCACCUAAGAACAAGAAAAGGAAAGUUAACAAUGACAAUUUGCUGAAAGAUGAAAAUGCUUCUUGAUAUGAGCAUGUUUGAUGGUGUCAGUUACAACUUACACACCAUUCUUUUGGAAAGCUUCUGUCGAACCAAAUGGAAGAAUUAAAGGACUCAAGGGAAUUGAGUCGUUAGACCAAGGAAAUGAUUUGUGUAAAUUUCUGUUGUUUCCAGAUAGCUUUUACAGCUCUUGAUACAACUUCGAAGACAGUGUAGGAAAGCUUGCUUUGACUAGUUCCAUUAAACAGUUUAUCUACUUACUGAGGUUGGAUAACUAUUUUGCUAUA